CAGGAGAUCCAAGAGACGGCGAGACGGAAGAAGUUUCUCCCUACGGUAAGAACACAUCAGAAGCGAGAGCGAGGGAGAGAAAGGAGAUGUCUGGGAUGCAUGUGAUGAAGAGGAUUCCUCGAAUUAAAUUCCCACAGAGGCAUCCUAAUCCCCAAGGAUCAUCUACCGCAUCUGAGCAAAUAUUGUUCUCUCAAUCGAAUGUGGCAUCCCAACCACAAUUACCCCCAUCAUCUGGUGGGAUUCCAAAUUACCGAUUCAAAUCAGAUGUUCCUGCCCCACCCAGCAACACUGCCAUAGGUGGGAAGGCUUCACUCUUACCAAAGCGUACACCAGUCUCAGAGAAAGAAAUUGAGGCCAUAUUGCUGGGUGGCUGCUUUUGACUCUGGAUGCUGUCUGUUAGCAUCACAGAUAAGAUUACAUGCUGAUUCUGUAUGUUACUGGAGGUUGAUGAUUGAAUCUUGUGAAAGUAUGAAAAAAAACAUGGUUCCAAGGCAUUUAUCAAAUGAAUACUCCAGAAUAUGGAGGUUUAAUGCAUUGUUGUUUCUUUACUGCUGCUCAGAACUGUAACUUUAUGCCACAUUUGACAAUGUCCCUUUGGAAUAAUUUGCUACUGCCUGUACUUCUCUAAACCAGUUAUCAUAGUUCUUUUACUUGAAUUA